CUCCUCGGCCGGGUGCCGAUUCAUGGCAGCGGGGGUGACUGUGAUGGCGGCGGCCGGAGGGCCGGUGCUGAACGGAGCGGACGCGGGCGCCGCGGGGACUGAAGGAGGCGGCGGGCAUGUACGAGCAGCUGAGGGCCGAGUGGAACCGCAAGAACCUCAGCCUGAGCAAGUGCGGAGACUUGCUGGGCCGGCUCAAGUUAGCUCUGCUUGAACUCAACUUUCUGCCCACAACAGGCACAAAACUGACUAAACAGCAGCUUAUCUUGGCAAGUGAUAUUCUAGAAAUCGGAGCACAGUGGAGUAUCCUGAAGAAGGACAUCCCGUCUUUUGAGAGGUACAUAGCCAAGCUGAAGUGCUACUACUUUGAUUACAAGUGAGUAUUCCUGCCUGGGACAAAAGCAGGCUUCCUC